AGCAGUUUUCACAUGUAGUGAUGUUGCUCGUAGCAAAGGAAGUACCGCUGGUUAUUGUUUAGUUGGCACGGGUUCUUCUUGUACGUUUGGAAGCAGUUUUUUUUAACCUGCCAAUGUGAACCGUAAUUUUGCAAAAGAUUAAGAUUUAUUGUGGAAAAUCUUUGCAACCCUUAGUGAAUUAGUGUUGGAGAGGCGGAAGAAGUGAAACUAGUAGAUAUGGUGAAAGAGUGGGUGAAAAUUUCAACUGGAAAAUUACUACGCGUAUGUGUGGUGACAGUGCUUCGUUCUUGAACUAACUGCUAUUUUUUGUGAAAGGAAGUGAAAAAAUUGCUGCAAUAGUGAAAUUUCCAUCCAUCGUUUACUAUCUCCAGCAAGGAUAUAAAGUUGUGUUCUACCAGAGAGAUUUUCCACUCACGACACGAAGUCAUACAUCGCCUCGGUAACGGCGGUAGAAGAAGCAGCCCGGUCCAAGUUGCCGCAUUAGUAGUUCAGUUGUCGGCGUUCUCCGCAGAGCGAGAGAAACACGUCACGUCACGAGUUUUUUCUGAGGUAACCGACCAUUGCCGAUGGAUUCAAGAAGGUUCAAUUAUAGCUACAGUGUGAUACGCAGGCAGCGGCGACAAAAACGCCGCCAGCAGUAGAGUCAGAACCGGUCCGGAAUUAGGAACUGAGUGCAUCCGAAAACGGAACACGUCUCGUCUGCAGUCGUGCUGUGGUGCAAUCGAGGAAAACUGCUGCUUUGGAGUUGGUAGUUUGAUAGAACAGUAGACAACGAAAAAGUCUGGAGAACAAAGUUGGCGAGUUUUCAGUGCAGUGAUUUUGAUAAGUUGUGCUUCAACUGUGCUUCUACAGCAAUUUUUUUGGCAAACAGAACACGAGUGAAAAAAUUAAUUGAAGUGGAUAUUCGAAUUGCAGAUGGUAGAAAGAUCGUGACGGGAUUUUGAUUGGUUUGGUAAUAGAGGCAAUUACUUUUAUUGUCGAAAGAAUCAGACUAUAAAUUUUGGCAUGAGAUUGAAAACAGAUAACGCUAAGUGAAUUUUUACAAUUGCAAUUUAAACAGAAUUGAAAUUCAAAUUGUCUAGUGAAAAGAAGUAGUGAAAAAUCUGUGAGUGGAGAGGUGCUACGUCGCAGUUGAGCUGGCUUCUAUCCGGAGUCCGUCAUAGGAAUAUGGAUAGAAGUGUAGAUUCCAUUGGUAGUUGUUCGUUAGACGUAGAUGCAGAUUCCACUGACUUCUCAGAUACAUCCGGAGAGCUAAAUUUUCUGACGCCCAAUUCGGCCAAGGAUAUCCAGCGUGAGUUCACCGCCGGCAUAAAGGAACGUUGCAAAAUUCCCGUGAUCAAUUGUCAAGCCGUAACGACCGUACUGGAUCCGGUUACGGGAAAUAUCAGUACCGUUCUCACGACGACAUCACCCCAGACGGAGACGGCCACGACGGCGGCCGCGAGCAAAAAACCGAGCUACCUGAACCUGGCCUGCUGCGUCAAUGGCUACUCGAACCUGACGACGUAUGAUUCGAAGCUGAGGCAGGAUAUCAACAAAUCGCGUGAAGUAUCACCAAGCCGGCCGAUCAUUGCCACGCUUCACUACAAUCGGUCGGAUGGUGGCAAUUUUCAGUUAACCGCACCCACGCUCAGCUAUAUCAGUAUGAACAAUAGCAUAAAUAAUAAUAUCAGCAACGGAAGAGUCGGAGGGAUGAUGAACGGAACCGGACGAUACGGAGGAGGGACAGGAGUAGUCGGCAGUCAGGAUGUGACGGAUAAUGCGUCAAUGUUUAAUGGAAACGGAUUCGUCGGUGGUUUGAAGAGCAAUGUCAUUUCGUCGCAAUCUCAAAUUAGCAGUGUGCGCGAGAACGAGAAGGUAGUCAAAAAGAGCUUCAUUCAGCAACGUGUCGAAAAGUUGUACGGCAAUGCGGAAGGUGUAGUGAUAAGUAAGCAAAUCUACAAUAGCAACGAGAGGAAAUAUUUGAACAACAUCGCAAAUGAAAAUGUGAGCAAAAAUUACAGCAAUGCGAUCCAUCUGAAUGGGAACGGAAGUGUUGCUCCGGGUGCCGGCGGAGGCAUUGGUUUAGGCGGAGUAGGUGGUUCCGUCGUUGUCGGUGGUGGAGCGGGAGGCUAUGGAAAUGGUGGAACGAAAGAGAAUCUCGACGAAAACAAUAAGGAAAUCGACGAUGAUCCAGAUAUGGAAGCGCUACCAGUGUUGCGGCAUUUACGGCCCGAGUUUCGAGCACAGUUGCAGCUUUUCUCGCCGAAAAAAGUUCCCAAAGCGUCACCGAAUCGAAAUGUUUUCGGCAGUAAUGGCACCGGAGCAAGUUUGGAAUGCAGCAAUGGUCACAUUGUAUCUAAUGGUUCAGAGCUAAGUCAGCAGCACUCGCAUUCAGCACUACCUACGAGCAAGAGCAAAGUCACAUCGAACGGUACAACGGCCAAAACGUUGUCGUCAUCAUCAGCUCCGACCAUACGUACGACAACGAUGGAUGUCACCGUGGCUGCAGGAGGGGUAGCGAAACCCUAUCAACAGCGAAUCGGACCCGAAUCAGAUUUAUCAGUGGUCAGUUCGUCUAUUGUGACGUCUAAGCACUGUGAUGAAGCCUCAGUGCCGACAACUGUUGCCAAUAAUAACAUCGCCCCCUCGGCCACUCGGGAAUCUCGCUCGCCGAUCACGGCAACGAAGUCAGUGUCAGUGACAGAACAGACACCAGUCGAAAAGGAUCCCGUUCCCGCGGAGGAAUCAAAUCUAGUGUUGGAAAAUCACCAAUCGCAAAAGAUGAAGUUAAAUCAUUCCGCAGUGGUGGCAAUCAACGGCGAUGGAGAUGAUAACGAUACGAUUGUACGGAAUGGAACGAGCGGGAAAAAUGGCCAUCAUCACCUUCGGGAAGCAAUUGACGACGAGAAGGAAAAUUUAAACGGCACUACCCUGGAAAAGACCCUUGCCAAGUCUCACGUGAAGGAUGGCAAUUAUUUCUUGCAAGUGCUGAAAAAUGAACAGAAUCGAAUACUCACAAUGGCAGCCGACGUUGAGAAGGAGGCGGAAGCAUUGAAGGCGGAUGGUUUCGAAAUUAGCGAGGAAAUUGCUGGUUAUGUGCUAGUGGCUGCAGGAAAGGCCCGACUGCUGUGCACACAAAAAAUGAAGCAGUUUGAAGGUUUGUGUUACAACAAUCUAAAUCAGUCACCGGACGAAAAAUUCCAAACGACAAGUGAGGAUCUGCGUGGGUUCUGGGACAUGCUUUUGUUACAAGUCGACAAGGUCGACGCAUCCUUCCGGGAGAUUGAUACGUUCCGGAGAAAUGGAUGGAAGCAACCGGCACCCCGAAGCCCAGUCCCACAGACCAGAAGUACGAAGCUGGUGAAACGACCAUUCAAGUCUUCGGCAACCUCCGCGUCGGCAGCUACCAAUGGCUGCGCGGGUUCAACGAAUGGUACCAGUAACGGUACGAAAACAGCGGCAGCAGCGACAGCGGAUGCCAAGAAAGCAGCCGCAGCCAAACGGGACGCCCAGCGGAAACAGUUAAUGGAGAUGAAGCGGAAGCAGAAAAUGGCUAGCAGCCAGCAAAACGUGGAAAUAUUUGUUCCUGGUAGCGCACCUGCCGUGAUAAUUGCGAGUGAAGCGACAAACGGUGCCGCUGUGGUGGAUACGAGUUGAUCUCGCUGGACCUAACCCGUGGAUCGAACUAAUGCUGCUGUAUACGGACUGUCGGAAGUUGCGUAAUGGUGUGACAUUUCCUUGAUCUUAUCGUCCUUUUAUUGUGUUGAACUAAGUAAAACAAACACACCUAAACAGAAACACACGCCAACAGACAUAACAACAACACACACACAGUUACAGAAAACUCACACUUAGAUAAUUAUGUUUGGACUGACUGAUUUUUUUGUGAUGUCGAGAAAAAUGAAUGAAAGUUAGGAGCGAUUGCAAUACGAAUGCAGAAGUGAGCAGAAGGAUGUGCCUCUCUUACUUUGACAAAACCGCGCGCGUGGACGCGAGGCCGCGAGUGCAUUUGGACAUAAAAACAAAUUAUAACUGUAACAUCCAUUGUGAUUUUAUGAGAAAUGACAAACUUUUUAUAUGUUGAAAAUACUUAUUAUUAGUUAUGAAUAUCCGAAUUAAACUGAAAGAAAUGCAGAACCGUAAAAUAUUUAUUUAGUUUUAGGAGUCAUAUUACAAAUCUAAUAUCUAAAUAGAAUAAGGCUUCGAAAUUGAAAAAAUUACUCAUAUACAAAAAUGUUGUAGAAAGGCAACAUUGUUUUACUUGUUUUUCUCGGUUCGGCGGUCGAAAUUAAUUACAUCGAAAUGGAACGAAAAAUACAAGUUGCUACAUAGUCUCAAAAUAUUUUGUGCGAAGAAGAAGCGAAAUUUAUCCUGAUACGGACAUUAAGCACUUUAGUGAUUCCGACUUUACUAAAACCAAUUUGUAUAGAUGAUGCAAGUUUAUAAAAUACUAAAAUCAUAAACAUAGCAACUCAAAAAUGUUAAUUUUUUUAUUUGAUCUUUGCUUUUGUUUGCUCGAUCGUUAGAUUGACUUAUUAUGUUUCACCCGGUAGUAGCUUAUUGAAAUGUAUUUUCGUAUUUUCAGCAAUCGAAAAUAAUUUCAAAUAGUGCGUUAUUUUUGUUUUUAUUUUCGUCUCGACAUUUACCACUAGAGUAUUUUAUAAAACCCGUCAUACCAUAUUGUCGAAUUCCCUACAUUCCACUUUCCUUAAAGUUGAAAUGAUUUUGGUUUUUACUGGUAUAUUUUCACUUCAACACUACGUAAAUAUUAGUGCCUUUUGAUCAUCGAUCAUAAACAUCAGUACAAAUAUUUUUUUUUUCUAAAUCAUUUUUUGAAUACUUCAAUCCAUCAUCUGGGUAAAUGUCGAGUCAGGAAAAACUUGUUAGCUGUACCUAGCUUAAUCUCACAUAAACGUUUGCUCACGCUUUCAAAUGAUAGAUUUACAAUCAUAUAACGAAUACUGGAAUUUAAGCCACCUGUACGCAAAUACACGUGUGCUGCGAUCAAUUUGGGUUCAAUAGCGAAUGGAUAAAUCUAAUAUAACUAUAGAGUUCCGAUGUAAUGUUCUUCAAAUGAUCUAUUUAACUAACGAAAUCGAAAAGAAUACACUUUCGAGAAGAAAUACACAUUGUACUGGAGGUUCGUUUCGCGUAAAUUGAACAGAGGAGCGUAUAAACAGUGUACUGAAAAAUGUAUUAUGAAUACGAUUUGGAAUGUAUGACACUA